GAUCGGCAGAUAGUAAUCGAUCUAUUGGGGAUUGAUGCCCAUACUCCACCUCGGCAGGAGCAGUAAGCAGUGUUGAUGGGGAAACCACGGCAGUCGACUCACCGCCGUGAGGACGGCCAGAGGAGGCUGCUGAGAGUUCUGUGCUAGCGCUGGACCUUCCAAAGAAGAACACUUUGCCUUCUUCCUUUGUGCGGGAGGAAGAAGAAGAGAAUAAAUGGACUUGCAAUAACUCCCAAGAGCACAGGCACAUUUUCAGACCAGAGUCCUGCUGCCCUUCUGACACCUGCUUCAGUUUCCCAAGAACUGUGUCUUCUGGACCAGGGGCUCGAUCUGAUUAUGAGUGACCAGCGGGGCCAUGUGAACAGCCUCUUCCUGAAUGAGGAGUCAGCCAAGCGUCUCAGGUCCAACAGCCGGGUGCAGCGCUUCCAAAAGGCAGUGCAGGAGCGGGCAGCACGGGCCAAGAAGCGGAUGCACAGCAUCACCAAAGACAGCGCCAAGGGCUUCCUCAGGAGAAAUGCCUUUGUCCUCUUCACCAUCACUGCUGUCCUACUGGGGAUCAUUUUGGCCUUUGCCCUCCGACCCUACAAGAUGACCUAUCGCCAGAUCAAGUAUUUCUCCUUCCCAGGAGAGCUGCUGAUGCGGAUGCUCCAGAUGCUGGUUCUUCCCCUCAUUGUCUCCAGCCUGGUCACAGGCAUGGCCUCACUGGAUGGCAAAGCCUCUGGGAAGAUGGGGCUGCGGGCCGUAGUCUACUACAUGGUGACCACCAUCAUAGCGGUCUUCAUCGGCAUCCUCAUGGUGAUCAUCAUCCAUCCAGGCAAAGGGUCCAAGGACAAACUGCACCGGGAGGGCAAGAUUGAGCAGGUGCAAACAACUGAUGCCUUCAUGGACCUGGUCAGGAACAUGUUCCCGCCGAACCUAGUAGAAGCCUGCUUCAAACAGUACAAGACACAGUACAGCACCAGGGUCUUCACCAGAACCAUCCUCCACAGCAGCAAUGUCACAGCAGGGACCACUGCCAACUCACAGGCUUCCAUGCCUGAGAAUGUCACCGGCACCCUGGAGAACGUCACACGCACCCUUAGGAGCCUGCAGGAAGUGCUGAGCUUUGAGGAAACCAUCCCCAUCCCCGGCUCAGCAAGCGGGGUGAAUGCGCUGGGCCUGGUGGUGUUCUCCGUGUGCUUUGGCCUGGUGAUUGGCAGCAUGAAGCAGAAGGGACGGGCCCUGCAGGAGUUCUUCAACUGCCUCAACGAAGCCAUCAUGAGGCUGGUGGCCAUUAUCAUCUGGUAUGCCCCAGUCGGGAUCCUGUUCUUAAUCGCUGGCAAGAUUCUGGAGAUGGACGACUUAGCCGUGAUGGGGGGCCAGCUGGGAAUGUACACGCUCACCGUCAUCGUGGGGCUGCUCAUACACUCCCUGUGUGUCCUGCCGCUGCUGUACUUCAUCGUCACCCACAAGAACCCAUGGGUGUUCAUCGCAGGUCUUCUGCAGGCCCUCAUCACAGCACUGGGCACCUCUUCAAGCUCGGCCACGCUCCCCGUUACAUUCAGGUGCUUGGAAGAAAACAACGGGGUGGACAGACGCAUCACCAGGUUCGUUCUGCCCGUAGGCGCAACCAUUAACAUGGAUGGCACAGCUCUAUACGAGGCCCUGGCAGCCAUCUUCAUCGCACAAGUCAACAACUACGAGCUUGACUUCGGGCAAAUCAUCACAAUCAGCAUCACUGCCACUGCAGCCAGCAUUGGAGCGGCAGGCAUCCCCCAGGCAGGCCUGGUGACCAUGAUGAUUGUGCUGACAUCGGUGGGGCUGCCAACCGAGGACAUCACACUAAUCAUUGCGGUGGACUGGUUUCUGGACCGUCUGAGAACCACCACCAAUGUGCUAGGGGACUCCCUGGGAGCCGGGAUUGUGGAGCACCUGUCUCGGCAUGAGCUGGAUGCACAGGACAGUGAGCUUGGGAAUUCUGUGAUUGAGGAGAAUGAGAAGCCCUACCACCUGAUCUACCAGGCGAACACCCACAAGCACCGCAGCAGCGAGACAAUCAUGUGACGCCAGGUAGCAGGGUUCAGAUUGAGCCUUUAAAAAGGUCAGGACUGGAAGACAAACCUCUCAGCAGCGGGGGGAUGGAGAAAGAGCCAAGCAGAAGCAAACUCUCCUCCCCCCCCCCCAUUUCCCCACGCAGCCUCUUUUAAACCUAAGCUACAGAGAAAACAAAGACUUAACCCUUUCCUCACCUAGAGAGUUGGAUGUUCAUUGUGACCCUCCUAUUAGAGAAGCAGGACUGAGAGAUCCUGGCUUUGUGGCCCCACCCUGGACUAGACUAGGAGUGGGAGGAUGAUAGUAUUUAGAUUAGUAACUGUUUCUCCU